AUGGCCGAUGCUUUAGUUACUGUUGUUACCGAGGCGAUUCUGAAAAAGGUGGCAUCCAUAGCUGCCAACGAAAUCGGCAUUGUUUGGGGUUACAAAGAGAAGUUGCACACGCUUGAAGGGACCUUGAAAAUGAUCCGUGCCAAGUUACAGGAUGCAGAGAAUGAAAAAGGUCAAAAACAUGGGGUGAUGGAGUGGCUGAAACAGCUCAAAGAUGUUGUUGGUGAAGCUGAUGAUGUGAUGGAUGAGGUUCACUACGAAAUGUUGAGGCGUGAGGUAAAGAAUCGAGAUCAUGUAAGAAUAAAGGUACCCUCUCUUCCAAGCUUGAAAAAGCUUUCAAUUCGUAGAGAACUGGGUCAUAAAAUCAAAAACAUUAACGAAAAGUUGUCUCAAAUCAAUAAACAAGCAAACGACUUGGGACUACAAAACGAACAGCCUUGCCCUGUUGUUCCAUAUCGUCCAUAUCCCGAGACUGUCCCAAAUUUAGAUGAAUUCAAAAUUGUUGGGAGGGAGGAUGAAGAAGAGCGCAUCAUACACCUUUUAACCAAAUCAAGAAAAGAAGAAAAACUUACGAUUGUUCCCAUUACGGGAAUGGGCGGGAUGGGGAAGACCACUCUGGCUAAGUCCGUAUACAAUAAUCCAAAAACCCAGCAAUAUUUUGAUGUGAAAGCUUGGUUGUGUGUGUCAGUUAAGGUUGACAUCAACACACUUCUGGCAAAGAUCUAUGAAUCUGUUGCAGGAGAGAAACCUAAGUCUGUUGAAAUGGCCAAUUUAAUUAUCUCUCUUGAAGAGAAGUUGGGUUCAAAAAGAUAUUUGUUAGUUCUGGAUGACGUUUGGGACGAAGAGAGAUCACAUUGGGAAGAAUUUAAGAGGCAUAUGAUGAUGAUAAAGUCUCAAGUUGGAAGUGGCGUUAUUGUCACUACCCGAAAACUUGACAUAGGAACAAAGGCUAUGACAACGGAUUCAUGUCCUUUAAAAGGUCUUUCUGAUGAUCAUUGUUGGAAUAUCUUUAAAGAGAGGGCCUUUCUAGCAGGACAAUCACCACCACCCGAAUUGGAGAAGAUUGGGCAUGAUAUUGUGAAAAAGUGUUGUGGUUUACCGUUGCUAGUAAAGGUAAUAGGAGGGGUGUUGCAAAAUUACAGUGACCCGGAGAAGUGGUUGACCAUCAGAAAUAGCAAAGUUUGGGAUCUUGAAGAUGAAACGGAGAGAGUUCAAAAGAGUUUGGAGCUUAGCUUAGAUAAUCUGCCUAGACGUUCUAUAGCCAAGCAAUGUUUUGCAUCUUGUUCAAUCUUUAAGAAAGAUAAGGUCAUGAAAAGGAAAAAACUGGUCCAACUUUGGAUGGCUUUAGGGUUGAUUCAAGUAGACGAGGAAAGAAACAAGGAGAUGGAGGAUGUGGGGAAUGAUAUUUUUCAAAUUUUGGUAAGCAAUUCGUUGUUCCAAGAUGUUAGAAGGGAUGAGUAUGGUCACAUCACUCAUUGUAGUAUGCAUGAUUUGGUUCAUGAUCUUUCAUAA